GGAUCCUAUCUGUGAAGAAGGAGGACAAAAGUACCCAAAUCCAUGGAAGAAGAUGAAAGAGAGAUUCUCGUUCCAAUGAACAAAUCAAUGUCGUCAGACUACCAAACCCACGAAGGAGAAGGUGAAUUGAAGCGUUUCAGAUCAGGUCUCACAUGGAUGUUUCUCGAUCAAUCAAACCUAUGGAGGGCUGGUCUCUCAUGGUCGAUCUUCUUUCUUCUCACCAUUGGCGUUCCUUUGGUUUCACACUUCGUGUUUUCUUGCUCGAGCUGUGAUCAGGUGCAUCGUCGGCCUUUCGAUGCGAUUGUUCAAUUGUCUCUUUCAAUAUUCGCUACACUUUCGUUCGUCAGUCUCUCUUGCUUUGCUCGGAGGUAUGGAGUUCGGAGGUUUCUGUUCCUUGACAAAUUGUUUGAUGUGAGCGACAAGGUUCACCAGGGAUACACAGAUCAGCUCCAUAGAUCAUUGAAGCUCCUGUCUGCUUUUGUCCUUCCCUGUUUUGUAGCCGAUGGUGCAUACAAAAUUUGGUGGUUCAUCUCAGGUGGAACCCAAAUACCCUACUUUGGUAACAUCUAUUUGAGCAACACCAUUGCCUGCACAUUGCUGAUGUGUUCAUGGCUGUAUAGGACAUCAAUUUUCUUCCUGGUGUGUGUGCUCUUCCGGCUUAUUUGCUAUCUGCAGAUACUCAGACUUGAAGAUUUUUCUAAGGUUUUUGAAAGGGAGUCUGAUGUGGAUUCAAUCUUGAAAGAACACCUUUCGAUCAGAAGGAAUCUCAAGAUCAUCAGUCAUCGAUUCAGACUGUUUAUAUUGUUGACGGUGAUCUUAGUUACAGCAAGUCAGUUCACUUCACUUCUUGUUACAACUGAGACUGGCUCUAUGGUCAAUAUCUUCACAGCUGGAGAUCUAGCGUUAUGCUCAAUCACCCUGGUGACUGGUCUCUUCAUUUGCCUGCGCAGUGCUGCAAAGAUCACACAUAGAGCACAGUCCAUUACAUGCCUUGCGGCCAAAUGGCAUGCAUGUGCUACAAUCAACACCUUUGAUGAUUUAGAUGACGAGACACCAAAAAAUCAGAUAAAUUCAUCCCAGCAAGUAUUUCCUGUCAAUGCCCAUUGGGAAUCGGACAACGAUGAAGGAGAUGCAGAGGAUGAGCUUGAUAACACAAAUAUGGUGCCAAUUCAUGCCCAUACGAUCUCCUACCAGAAGAGACAAGCACUAGUGUCAUACUUCGAGAAUAAUAGAGCGGGAAUUACAGUGUAUGGCUUCAUGCUGGAUAGGAGUUCGCUCCAUACAAUAUUUGCCAUUCAGAUGUCUCUAACACUGUGGAUACUCAACAAGACGAUUGGUAUUUCAUGAACUUCUCUCUACCUGUGUUUUUGAGUGUGCGUAUGAGAGAGAGAUAUUCUUGUUUGUAUAAAUCUUCUACAUGUUAAUUCUGCAUUGUAUAGUUCUUCAUCCUUUUGCAAUAAUGGUUAUUGAAUUUGAGAUGCACUCCAUCCAAGAAUUUCUAGAACUGUAUGGAGUCAUGAGCCUCAUGGCUCUUUUGGCUUUGCAUUGUGAACUGUCAAAAACUAUAUUAAUUUCAUUCAGAGCGAUGCUAUAUGGAAUAGCAUUUUCCUUUCACUAAAACAUCCGCAUACAAUUGAUGCAUUUUACACGAAAUCGUUUUCUCUCUCUUUCUAUGUGUAAGCUUUCGUUGUUGGAAAAUAAACUUGAUAUGCUAUCUUAUUGAGGAGUUACAGCAUAUGUAAUCUAGUGUUUUAGGCAAAUACAGUUGAGUUGAAGAGGGGUCUAUCUGGAGUAUGAUUGUAAAUUUGUAAUUCACUUGGAUGAAAAUC